UUUGCACGUUAAACAAAGAAAACCAAACAAGAUUCUCAAUCAUCCACUCCACCCUAUUGGAAACACCCAUAAUUACACCCAACAAGACAAUCCCUUCAAUUCUAUACAAAUUACAAGUCUCAAACCUCUUAAAUCCUCUCAUUUUUUUUUUUCAAUCUCAAAAUCACCCUUUUUUCCCCCUUGUUUCAAACCAAAAGUCUCAAUAAUCAUGAACCAUUAUUCCACCGAUUCCGUCAACGGGUUCUACAACUUCCUAACACGAGGACUCGACGAUCUUGACCGUUCAUCAUCCGAUAGUUUCAUGUCAAUCCAUUUCCUUCAAUGUGUUCUCUCAUCCCUCCGAUCGUUUCAUUUACAAUUGACGGUUUUAGUUCAAAGACUUCAUCUUCCCGUUGGUGAGAAAUGGCUAGAUGAAUACAUGGACGAAAGUUCUAGACUUUGGGAAGCUUGUCAAGUUUUGAAAACCGGUGUUUCUUCCUUGGAGAAUUUCUUCAUGUCGGGAGUUAAUCUUUCUUCUUCAUUGAACGACAAUACCGUUGCAAGCCCGGUGUUUUUUCGACAGAUCAUUCGAUUGAUCAACGCGAGUCAAAGGGAGGUGUCAGGAAGGGAAGAUGAGAAUCGAAACCUAAUGGAAACGAGAAUUCAACCGUUAUCUCUUAGAUUCGAUGAUAAUAUCUCGAUGGGAUCAAAGUUCAAUGCUUUCAAUGGUUUUAGAGGUGUUCUAUAUGCAAUGAGGAAUGUUAGUUCAUUGCUUCUAAUGAUCCUGUUCAAUGGUCUAGUCUACUUUAGCCCACAAACAACCUUUUUCUCCAAUUGUAACGAAGAUCGUGAUCAAGUUGUGUUUGGAUCGUCAGGGUUCAUGGUAUCGGCUACUAGGCUUCACCGAAAGGUGGUGGCGGAGAUGGAGAAGAACGGAGUUGAUCAAACAACGGGGAUGAUAUUAUGCGAAUUCAAGAGGGCACGAGAAGCCAUGGGAGAAAUGAGGGAAGGAAUUGAGAGAAUGAUGGAAUAUGGAAUGGAGAUUGAUGAAUUAGAUGAAAAGAUUGAGAAAAUGAAGUGUUGUUUUGGAUUAUUGAAAUGUGGGGUAGAGAAUAUUGUUAUUCAACUUGAUGAUUUCUUUGAUGAAAUAGUUGAUGGUAGGAAGAAGCUUUUGGAUAUUUGCACUAAUAGGUAGUAGUAGUAGUAAUAGUUUUAGUAGUUAGUAGUGAGGAUUUAUGAGAACAUAUAAACACACAUAGAAAAAGAGAGAUUGAUCCAAUUUUUGUGCAUUCCAAAUGGUAUGAUCUUGGAUAUCAUGUUGUAUUGAUCUCAUUUUGUCAAGAAUCUUUUUCUAACCCU